UGUCUUGUUUCCAGAACAAUCUUCAAUACUUUCUCGAACCUCUUUCCUUCUUCUGUCCUGCGAAAAGAUGAGUAGCCGAUGGAAUCGUACGAUCUACGUCGGGAAUCUCCCUGGAGAUAUUCGCAUGCGUGAGGUUGAAGAUCUCUUCUACAAGUACGGACCAAUUGUGGACAUUGAUUUGAAGAUUCCACCGAGACCUCCUGGUUAUGCCUUUGUCGAGUUCGAAGAUCCUCGUGAUGCUGACGAUGCUAUCUAUGGCCGUGAUGGAUAUGACUUUGCUGGCUGUCGACUUAGGGUUGAGAUUGCACAUGGUGGUCGUAGAGGUUCAUCAUCAGUUGAUAGGUACAGCAGCAGCUACAGUGGUAGCCGUGCACCUUCAAGACGCUCCGACUUUCGUGUGCUUGUGACUGGAUUACCACCAUCUGCUUCUUGGCAGGACCUUAAGGAUCACAUGCGCAAAGCUGGAGAUGUCUGCUUUUCUGAAGUUUUUCGUGACCGUGGAGGCAUGUCUGGGGUUGUUGAUUAUAGCAACUAUGAUGAUAUGAAGUACGCGGUAAGUUGUAUAUCUUUCCAACGCAAAUGUUCCCAGCAUAUCGUUGCAGUACGGACAAUUGUGGACAUUGAUUUGAAGAUUCCACCGAGACCUCCUGGUUAUGCCUUUGUCGAGUUCGAAGAUCCUCGUGAUGCUGACGAUGCUAUCUAUGGCCGUGAUGGAUAUGACUUUGCUGGCUGUCGACUUAGGGUUGAGAUUGCACAUGGUGGUCGUAGAGGUUCAUCAUCAGUUGAUAGGUACAGCAGCAGCUACAGUGGUAGCCGUGCACCUUCAAGACGCUCCGACUUUCGUGUGCUUGUGACUGGAUUACCACCAUCUGCUUCUUGGCAGGACCUUAAGGAUCACAUGCGCAAAGCUGGAGAUGUCUGCUUUUCUGAAGUUUUUCGUGACCGUGGAGGCAUGUCUGGGGUUGUUGAUUAUAGCAACUAUGAUGAUAUGAAGUACGCGGUAAGUUGUAUAUCUUUCCAACGCAAAUGUUCCCAGCAUAUCGUUGCAGUACGGACCAAUUGUGGACAUUGAUUUGAAGAUUCCACCGAGACCUCCUGGUUAUGCCUUUGUCGAGUUCGAAGAUCCUCGUGAUGCUGACGAUGCUAUCUAUGGCCGUGAUGGAUAUGACUUUGCUGGCUGUCGACUUAGGGUUGAGAUUGCACAUGGUGGUCGUAGAGGUUCAUCAUCAGUUGAUAGGUACAGCAGCAGCUACAGUG